CAAACAUCUAACAACAUUGGGGUUGCAUUAAUAAGACUUAACAAACAUUGUGAUUGAAAAAAACUUCAUCGAGAAUCUUACAAAGAAGUCGAAGAGCUCUUUUCUCCAAAGUCCAAAGGUAGGGUUUUUAUUCUCACAUAUCAAUCAGUUACACAAAUACACAAACAAAACACACACAACUCUUGUCUUCCAAAUUUGUCACAUUUAGCCUAAAACUCUUCUACUUUGUCUCUCUGCUAAACACGAAAAAUUAGGGUUUUUUUAAAAGAAAAUUUUACCGAAUUGAGGAAGAAAAAAUUAACCUCGAAAUUGACUUCAUUCUUCUUCACCGUUUCAGUUCCUAGUAUCCUUCUCUCGUCGUAGCUUUCUGGGUUUUUGGUUUCGUCAAUGAAUUCGUGUUUUUUGCAGAGUCUUUGACUCUCUGUAACUUCCUUGAGCUUGUUCAUGGGUGUGAUCUCAAUAAAAUUUCAGUCUUGAAUCUUGGUUUUUUCUGUUUUUCGAUUUUUAGUUCGAAUUGAGAGAAGAGAGAUGAUUGCGGAGAAGCCCUUUUGGGUUAAACAUGAAGGGUUACAGAUAUUCUCCAUUGAUGUUCAACCUAAUGGAGAAAGGUUUGCUACUGGCGGUGGUGACCACAAGGUUCGUAUAUGGAACAUGAAGUCUGUUGACAAGGAUUUGCAAAACAUAGAUACAAAAGAGAGGCUUCUUGCAACUCUUCGUGACCAUUUUGGGUCAGUCAACUGUGUUAGGUGGGCCAAGAACAGUAGGUAUGUAGCAUCUGGUUCUGAUGAUCAAGUGAUUCAAAUCCAUGAGAGGAAGCCUGGUUCAGGCACCACUGAGUUUGGUAGUGGAGAAGCCCCUGAUGUUGAGAACUGGAAAGCUGUAAUGACUUUAAGGGGACACACUGCCGAUGUGGUGGAUCUUAAUUGGUCUCCAGAUGAUUCGAUGCUGGCUAGUGGGAGUUUGGACAACACAGUGCAUAUAUGGAAUAUGCGCACUGGUAUGUGCACCACUGUUCUCAGGGGUCACUUGAGUUUGGUUAAAGGUGUAACUUGGGAUCCAAUUGGGUCAUUUAUUGCUAGCCAGUCGGAUGACAAAACUGUGAUAAUAUGGCGAACAAGUGAUUGGGGCAUGGCUCACAGAACAGAUGGUCACUGGGCAAAAUCGCUUGGAUCCACAUUUUUCAGGCGACUUGGGUGGUCACCCUGUGGCCACUUCCUUACUACCACUCAUGGGUUUCAGAAGCCGAAGCAUUCUGCUCCUGUUUUAGAAAGAGGGGAAUGGUCUGUAGCAUAUGACUUCUUAGGUCAUAGUGCUCCAAUCAUUGUUGUUAGAUUCAAUCAUUCAAUGUUCAAAAGAAUCCCCUCUAGUACCCAUGAAACUAAACAAGUUGGGUGGAGCAAUGGAACAUCAAAGUCAGGGGAGAAAGAUUUGCAGUCAUACAAUGUUAUUGCAAUGGGGAGUCAAGACCGUACUAUAACCGUAUGGACAACUGGAAGUGCGCGUCCUCUUUUUGUCGCCAAGCAUUUCUUUGGCCAAAGUGUUGUGGAUCUAUCAUGGAGUCCCGACGGAUAUUCACUUUUCGCAUGUUCCUUGGACGGAACGGUGGCGAUGAUUCACUUUGACCCAAAAGAACUAGGCGUCAGGCUAACCGAUACUGAACUCGACGAAUUGAAGAAAUCUCGAUAUGGAGAUGUCAGAGGCCGGCAAGCAAACUUAGUUGAGAGCCCAGCCCAGUUAUUACUUGAAACAGCCUCGACAAAGCAAGCCGGUAGUAAGAGGGCGGCAUCGGAUGUUCAACAAAAUCAGGUGACUACAAAACCAUCUGUUAGUGUGGAGAGUACUGCAAAGAGGCGUAAAUCGCAAGUCGAUGAUCGGAAUAAGGCAGCAGAGUCUACUGGUCAAACAUUAAAUAAAGCAUCAACCUUAAAUCGAGUAUCUAGUCCUGUGAAUCAAAAAGUGUAUAGAAGGCCUGACGGAAGAAAGAGGAUCAUUCCUGAAGCUGUUGGAGUUCCCCAACAGGAGAAUAAUAUCAUGAUUAAUGGGGAAUCACAUAAUUUUCUGCCUGCUUCCGCUGCUGCUCCUGCUAAGGGAGAUAGUGGAGAUUUUCCUGUGGAGAUUAGCAAUAGGGAUUUGUCCGGGAAAGAAAUAGUUUGCAGGAACCCUGAUCUGAAAGAGCGUUCAAGGAUUACAGCUCGUGCUACCAUUACUGAGAGCCUUGUUAUUGAGAAGGUUCCUGGAACCUCUGGUAGGGAUGGAGUUUUAAAUGUUGAGCAAUCUGUAGGUAUAAAAGAAUCUUCUAGCACUGAUCUGUUGAUAAGGGUAUUCGAUUGGAAAGAUGGGGAAGCUGCACCACCUGUUUGCUUAGAAGCUUGUCCAAGGGAGCAUGCUUUGGACACUGUUGGUGCAGUAAGUACAUCAAUGGUCAAGGAAACUGAGAUUUCUUGCAAAAAGUCAGGCGAAACUCUUUGGUCUGAUCGGAUUAUGGGGAGAGUCACUGUUUUGGCUGGAAAUCCAAAUUUUUGGGCUGCUGGAUGCGAAGACGGAAGCCUCCAGGUUUACACUAAGUGUGGAAGGCGUGCUAUGCCUACAAUGAUGAUGGGGUCUGCUGCAACUUUUAUUGAUUGUGACGAUAGCUGGAAGUUGUUGCUUGUAACAAGAAAAGGAUCUCUAUAUGUAUGGGAUCUAUUCAAUAGGAAAUGCGUUCUUCACGACUCUUUAUCUUCUUUGGUCUCUUCCGAUGUCAAUUUAUCUUCCACAGUGAAAGGUACAAUAAAAGUGAUAUCUGUGAAAUUAUCCAAAUCUGGUUCACCGCUUGUUGUUCUAGCCACACGUCAUGCAUUCCUUUUUGACACUAGUCUAAUGUGUUGGCUGAGAGUGGCUGAUGACUGCUUCCCGGCCUCAAAUUUUAGUAGCUCCUGGAAUUUGGGCUCAGCUCCAUGCGGCGAGCUUGCUGGUUUGCAGGUUGAUGUCAGAAAGUACAUGGCUAGAAAGCCAGGGUGGAACAGGAUAACUGAUGAUGGAACGCAAACACGUGCACAUUUGGAAUCUCAACUUGCAUCUUCUCUUGCACUUGAGUCUCCUAAUGAAUACCGCCAGUGCCUCCUUGCCUAUGUGAGGUUUCUAGCAAGAGAGGCAGACGAGUCCAGAUUAAGAGAAGUCUGUGAGAGCUUUCUUGGACCUCCCACUGGUAUGGCUGAAGCAGCAUCUUCAGACACAAACUUGUCUUGGGAUCCUUAUGUUCUGGGGGUGAAGAAGCAUAAACUUUUGAGAAACGAUAUUCUACCUGCAAUGGCGUCAAACAGAAAAGUGCAGCGUCUACUCAAUGAGUUUAUAGAUCUCUUAUCUGAAUAUGAAGACGUAGAAACAGCAGAUCCUGCCCCCAAGGGCUCGACACCUACCAUGAACUGUGGUGGAGUCCCAUCUUCACUGGAUCAAAUUGGCUCUGAUCCUCCAGCCAUGACAGCUACUACUCCUAUGACUAUAGACAAUGACAAACCAGUCUCUCUGGAGAAUCCAGCGGCUUUGGAUAUAGGUGUGUGUGAGAAAACGGGUUCUGAGGACCGGGAUAAACAAGACCAGAACUCAAGAGACUCGGGCUCUUGAACUUCUCUCGAUGUUUUGUUUUUGUAUAUCAAGCUCAGAGAGCUGUGUAAAGCUUCUCAGUUAGGCGUUGUUAAAGAUUGAUAGCAGAGAAAAAGGAUGAGAUGUAACAGAGGGAUGUUGAGAGUCUCUCAGGUUAGUUAUAUAGUGACCCGGUUUGGGUUUUUUUUUUUUGUUUUUGUUAGUUUUCUUACUUUUCAAAAUUAACAAUAUUUUGUAUCAAUCCAUUUAUGUUUCUCUUUUUGUUGUGUUUUAAUCAAGUUUUACCAUUUUAGAAUAUAAUGUUUCUA